AUGGACCUCUCUUCCAAUAAACUCACAGGAAGCAUCUCCAAUGAUCUUGUCACCGGCCUCACAGCCCUAUCCCACUUGGACCUCUCAGACAACCUUCUAUCAGGCUCGCUGCCGCGCUCGCUCGCACUUGUCCCCUUGCUCACCGACCUCAACCUCUCACGGAACAAGCUCAAGGGCUCCCUGCCUGCCUUCUACCAGGGCAAGCAACGCCUCGCCUCUCUCCUCCUCUCCUCCAACGCUUUCUCCGGCCCCCUCUCCUCCCUCCUCCCCUCCUCCCCCUCCCGCGCCUCCUCCCUCCCCUCCCUCAACGUCUCCACCAACCAGCUCUCCGGCUCGCUCCCCUCGUCCCUCUCGCGCUUCACCGCUCUGCACUCCUUGCUAGCGGCGCGCAACCAUAUGAGCGGCAGCAUCCCUGCAGAGCUGGCAUCGCUGACGGCCCUGCAGGAGCUGGACAUGUCGUGGAGCGGGCUGUCAGGCACCAUCCCUGCGCUGCUGCGCGUUGCUGCCCCCUCCCUGCAAGUGCACCUCGCUGGCAACGUCCUCUCUGGCUCCGUCCCCCGCUCUCUCUCCAACCUGCCCACCUCCUGCUUCCGCCCCGACAACCCCAAGCUCUAUUGGAAGCCCCUGCCUGACUGCAAGAAGCGCUCCUCCAAGACCACGAAGAGAACACCAUUCCCGUCGCCAUUCCUCUCACCCCUCUCAUCGCCCACUAUGCUAUCCUCGAGUUCGCCAAAUCGCCCACCCGUCUCCCUUUCCGUUGCGCGUCACGUCGCCAUCUCGUCGCCCGUCCCGUCGCCCUCUUCGUCGCCCUCUCUCCCCUCCUCUCCUCCCGUCGGCCUCUCUCUCGCCCCUCCCUACCGAUCGCCCUCCCGUCGCUCGCCCCGUCGCCCUCUCUCUCUCCGCUCCCUUCGCGUCGCCCUCUCUCUCGCCCCUCCCUUUCCGUCGCGCUCUCUCUCUCUCUCUCCGCGCCCUUCCCGUCGCCCUCUCUCUCGCCCCUCCCUUCCCAUCGCGUUCUCUCUCUCCGCUCUGCCCUCUCUCUUGCUCCUCCCUUCGAAUCGCGCUCUCUCUCCGCUCCCUUCCCGUCGCGCUCUCUCUCUCCGCCCCCUUCCCAUUGCCCUCUCUCUUUCUGCUCCCUUCCCAUCCUCCCUUCUCGCUCGCCUCAAAUAG